GGAAGCAGACCAACCAAACCAAAGGAAUGAGAAGAAAACAAAAGUACAUAAACCAGAAAGUGAAAUGAUUCGAAGAAUUAUUUGUGGGGUAGAAUUUCAUUGUAUUGUGAAUUGAUCGACGAUAAGAUGUAGAUUGGAUCGUUUUACUCAGUUUUAUGUCGUCUGGGAAUUGUAGUCAUUUGUUUAUGUUUAACGAUGAAUAUGACAGCUAGUUGACUUAGCGGUUUGAGUAUGGGUGAAGAAGUCGACAACAUUGAGCUGUUUCAGCUGAAUCGGGUGGCAACAGCUACUAAAAUAUGUUUGUCAGCAUUCAACAAUGUCUCGGUUCACCAGUCAUUAGCGUUGGUAUUAGAAUGUGGAGAUAUACUGUUCUACGAUAACCCUUCGUCACAAGAUCAGCCCACAAUCCGAUGUAUUCCCUGGCAUGAUGAUCCACAGAAGAAAAUUGAAGCUAUAACUUUUGACCCCUCCUCCGGAAACUGGUUACUCAUCGCUUGCAAUGACGGUUCCAUGCAUCUGGUGCCAACACAGCUCCCGACGUCAGUGGAGGUAAUGGACCACGAUUGGUCUCUAGAUGAUGUCACCCACCUACCUCCCUUGUGUGGCUUCAGCAAAGUGUAUGAUUUCUACCCCUCAGCUGUGGCAUGGUGGGAUAGAACUGUUGGUGAAGGAAGAUGCCAGAGCAUUGUUGUCAUCGGAGGAAGGAGGGGAGAGAUCAUCUUUGCAAAUUUAAAAACUGGUUGUGUUGUUGGACAUACGGCUGUGGAGGGUGUAGUGACUACCAUACAAGUCUGUAGAGAUGAUACACUACUUGAUUUGCCUCCUGUGUUUCUCUUGAUUUCCAAUGAAAACCAUGUUCAGUGGAAAUUGGUGCUGGAAGAUCGGGAAACUGGAUAUUUCUGGCCAAUUCCAUCGGAGCAAUCAAGAGCCGAGUCCUCUACUUCGCUUAUAAGUGGUGUUACAUCGGAGGAGACAACGGCUAGACCGUCACUGACUAGCUUCCCACUAGCCAGAGCUCGUCUGCAAGGUCUGAAACAGCUGUCAGUGGAAAAACUGGCCACCUUACGUCAGAAGCUGUCUGAAACCAGAAACAGAGGAAUCGUAAAUGUCACUGUUAAGCGUAGAGGCAGUAGCAGCAGUGAGGAGUCAUUGUCUCGGCAGAGGUCAUCAGUUUCAUCAGACAGUGAGUCUCUCAGCGGUUGCGGGAACUCGGGUCCUAGGCUCGAUAUCCUCACGGACACCACUCUCUGUCUGCAGAUGGCUCGGGGCAAGCCUAUCAUCGUGGGUCACUAUGUUCCAGCACACCUUGUCACGAUGUACGGAGUAGGUCUGACCAUGAGUCCCAUGUCGAUACACAGACUGCCCGCACCCUGUCACCAUAUCUGCCUGUCAGACUGGCUGCUGUACACAUCGGACCUGGGGCGAAGGCAGCUCACAGUCAUCUCGUACCGCUUGUCACAGUGUCGCAUGGAUGGUGACAAACAAAUCAUCAACAGUGAUGUGAAUCCUGAUUCACUACUACAACAAUUCCAGUUUGGUGAUGGAGAAGAAAUUCAUGCUCUUUAUAGGUUAACACCAAAUCUUAAGGACUACUAUGACAAAUUAGAAGAUAUGAACCAUCGUAAGAAGGGGUCACACCGAGGCGGGAAGGGGGGUGGAAUGGCCGAGCAGUCACCAUUGGACCAGUGUGCAGUCAUCACAAACAAAGGAGUCUACAAGGUGGUCAUGAGGAAGUCACCGAGGGAGGUCGUGUUUGCAUGUGUGAUGAACCCCAACAAGAUUGAGAGGGCUGAGCGCCUGUGUCACAUGUUCGGGCUAGACCUGCAACAACUGCUUGAGAUUGCAGCGGAGAGACAGCUAGAGGCUGGACAUCUUGAUAGCGCCUUGACCCUCUACAAGUUAGCAAGGUGCCGGCCAGUGAAGAGUGUACUACACAUGGCUAGUGCCGGGUUCACCCACCACCUACUGACGAUGACGACUGGUCUGCUGCAGUCCACCCAGCUCUCUCAGACAGAAAGCCUGCAUCUGGCCAACCUCAGCGUUCUCACCUUCACAGAGCAGGCUCUCCGAGCCAAACAUCAGGACAAGGUCAUGAUACCUUUCAGGAACUUCCUGCGGGACAACCAUCAUUACGAUGAGGUGCUAGCAGUGAGUGUGGUGGGACAGAGUGGGCUGUGUACCGUGCUCGAGUAUCUGUGUGAUGAGCGUGGCCUGGCAACACAGAUACUGGACGUGCUGGUACGUGUCAUCAAGUGUCAGCACGCGCCAUUGCUUAACUGUGAAUUGUGUGACGGAUUCUGGGAGUCUAUGAGCAAUACCAAUCUCUGCCAGGCAUUGGCUGUCCACCCGGACUUUGCCAGGCUUCACAUCUCCUUCACUGUGUCCAGGCUGCCCUCAUUCUCCCAGAACAUCUUGCAGAGGUUUGCCAACCUGUAUGACCCCUCUCAGCCAUCUGUACGUCCUGUUUUACAAAAGCUCAUUUUGGAGUCAAUGGAUACUACAAAUGGAGGAAAUCCUGAUAAGAACGAUGGACCGUUCCACUUGGGCGAGUGGCUGGCAUGUUACCUGCUGGUAUGUGUGUACCUGGGCUGCAGUCGGAGCCAGUCGGGUGGAGCUCGCUACAGUCCGGACCUCAUGGUAGAUCUCCCCUCCCAGCAUGACCAAAAUCAUCAAGAGGCCAAGGACAUUGUGAGCACACCUCCGUCUGUUGUCAGCGCUGGUUACACUCAUGUAGGCCUGGUACGAAACUGUCAGCUGUACACGUGGGGUUACACCGCUAAUGGUUGCUUAGGUGUUGGGCCUACCCUGAACCAGACUCUCCAGCCAAUGGUGGUUCCCUUGUUCCCAGCUCUAGGUGUCCAAGUCCUAAGUGUCUCAUGUGGCAAACUGCAUACUCUCGCACUCACGAGUAAUGGUGUGUAUGCAUGGGGGUCGUCCAAGUACGGACAGCUGGGUGUGGGACAGACUGGACAGAGUCUGGAGCCACGACUAGUGGAGCGUCUCUACGAGGAGACUGUGGUGUCUGUGGUGGCGGGCCAAUACCACUCACUCGCUCUCUCUGCUGCUGGGCGUGUGUACAGCUGGGGGUGGGGAGUUCAUGGUCAACUCGGACAUGGCAAUGUGGAAGACUACCACUAUCCUGCACUUAUACAGUCCUUAACUUCAGAGACAAUAGUAUCUCUGGGUGGAGGCCACGCUCACUCUCUGAUGUUGAGCACAAGUGGCCGUGUGUGGGCCUGUGGUUCUAGUGUAUUUGGCCAACUAGGAACUGGCUCUAACCUCAAAUCCAGCAGACCCGUUCAGGUUUUUGGUCUGCCAGAGAAGAUCAUCUCCAUCUCCACAAACUACUUUCACAAUCUGGCUCUGGCGUCAUCGAACCGGUUGUACACGUGGGGUUCCAGUCCACAGGUGUUGAGGCUGCAGGCGCAGGCUCAGAAGAAAGCUCGGUUCCAGUUCCAUCAGCAGCAGCAAGCAGCACUGGGGCGGGGCGGUGGUAGCGAGGACUCGGGGCCGAGCCUGACACAGGUUCUGCAGAGCCCAGUGAAGGGGCGGACGGGGAUGUUGAUAACCAAAACCAAACCCCACUUUAAGUUGGCCCCCACAUCACGGUUUGUCACUCUCAACUCGGAGAUGGUCGUGAGCCCGAGUACUGAGUACAAAGGGCUACUUACAGGGCGGACCCCACCGGAACCUGCCAGCCCUGUCAACAAUGGAAGUCCAGCUGUGGGACCGCCAGGGGUGUUGGUGGGGAUUGACGAUGGGCUGUCUCAUCUGAGUCCCACCCUAGUGGACACCUCCCACGUAGAAGGCAGGAUCACUAAGAUAAGCUGUGGAUGCCACCACUCAGCGUUACUGACGGACACCGGCCAGAUAUAUACUUGGGGCCGGAACCUGGAUGCUCAACUCGGCAACGGGGCCCGCACCAAGGAAGCUCUCCAUCCCACUCACAUCAGUGUCGGGAAUACUUCCGAGCUAGUCACAGUGGAGUGUGGAGGGGACUUCACAAUUUCGGUUGAAGCUAACGGCAAAGUGUGGGGCUGGGGGAGUAACCAGGCUGGACAGUUGGGCAGAGAACCGAUGGAAGAUACGUCCAGAGCAGGACUGGAGGGACGCUUGCUGAUGUUGAAGACGUCCAAACGAGUAAUCAGAAUUCCUCACGGCUCCUUGAACACAUUUGAGACACCUAAAGAAGUCCCUUCGCUGCCGACCAUUCAGAUUGCUUUUGAGUCUCACUUGGCAGGAGUAAAUACCAUUAAACCACUAUCCCGUCUUUCACAAUUUGAAAAUCCUCCUCAUGGUUGCAGAACGCUACACUACGCCUUGUCUUAUUUCCAUGGCUUCUAUGACUCCAAAAAAUUCAGGGAGAAGUGUGUGGAGUUGGGCGACUUCCAGACCGCGUCCAAGCUGGCGAUGCUGGACAAGCAGUUUGACGUUGCGAUGAGCUACCAGCUACAGGCCGCUCUGGCCAGUAGUGAGAGCUGUAGACCACCAUCCAGCACUUCUAGCCAGCCGUCGGUGCUGGAGAGGGCCAGCAAAGCGGUGGUCAGCACGGAGGUCAUCGUACCCACUCUAGAGGCCAGUCUGACAGUCAACAGUUCUACGGGGAGAAAGAUCGGCAUCAGCAGGACCAAGUCAAGUCUGACAGAACCCCAGAGUACGGAACUAGAUUCGUUAACAGAGGCGACAAAAAACUGUGAAAAGUCUCAAGACAAACCUGCAGACGAGGGCGAGGAGAAAAGUUCCUCGGAGAUACACACGUUCGCAGUUCAAGGUGGAGCAGAAGAGAUGUCCCUCAGGUCACAAGACACUCUCUGCUCAAAGUCCGACUUGGUGGAGUCCAGGUGUGACACUCCUGAUACUCUCGCAUCGAGUGGCUGUGACGAUUUUGUGACCAAGUCUUCGGAAAUAUUUGACAGUCCUGUGAAAAACUGUUGCCUCAAGUCCGUAAAGAACGGUGCUGGUGAAUCUUUUACCUAUGAAACUAUUGUAAAUAAACACAUGAAAGAUUUGGAGCAGAACUCCACAAACAAUUUAGACAGUAAUCAUUUAAACAGUACGCUUAUAGAAGAUCUUGUUCAUAUAGUAGAGUUUUAUAUAGAUCUGUGUGAGCAGGGCCCUCAGACUUCGCUGAAAGCCUUAUUAAAGCAGGGACUGGAAUUUUGGACGAAUCACAAACUUCCAGUGUGCAGGCUGGAGGCUUUGCUGCUUUCUCAUUGGUCAUUAGUGUCUUAUCCUCUAGGUCUUCUUCUCUUAGGGAAUGACUCAGAUGUGUGUGUAGAUGCUCAGCAGCUUCUGAGCAAUCUCUCUACAGAUUUCAGUCUACAGCUGUGUUCAGCAAUGGAGAACCAUGUUACUGAUAAAGACAACAACGUACCUGAAGUGAUGGAGCUCUUAUCUGGGCUGAGUUGGGCUGACCAGACAGCAGCCAGUCUCACCUCGGAACCUCUCACUCUGGACCAGAUCAUCUCACAGAUCAGCUGUCAGCAGCCGGCCCAGCCGUACAUCGAUAUUGAUUUCUCAGUUCCAGAGAACGAACUGGUGUCACCAAGUGAAGUCAUCAGUUUCUCCUGCGGACACAAGUAUGACGGCAGCGCAGCGCUACACAAGGCUGCCGCAGGUGCCGCUCGAUGUGUGGAUGACCGCUCGCUGCCCAACACGGCGCAGGCGCUGCGGUCUCUGUACCAACAACCACUGGUCGUACGCCACUUUGCCUGCCCAACUUGUAUACUGGGCUGCGUAUCUCAGGAGCUGAACUGAACCGUCACUUCUCUCCGUUUCGUAUAUUAUAUGUUUGUAAUCUUUCAUUAUGUAUAAGGCCUUAUAGAAGUUACGACGUUUACAAGAAAUCCCCUUAUUCAUUAAUUUUCAAAAAUAUAUUUCGACAGAGCGUUAUUUUUAAUAUAGCACUCUACUCUAAGAGAACUAAGAGACUAACGAUGGUAAAGUGUAUGGAUAGCUGUAAGCGAUUUGCACAAACAUGGUGCUUUAUGAGGAAGUAUUAAUUGUUACACAUAGAUCUUUCAGUUCCCAAUGCUUUUGUAUAAUGUAUAGAGUAUAAUGUACCAAUAUUAAAUUUUGUAGUGCCCAUGAGUGUGAAAGACAUAUUUGUUGUUAAAUCUUUUUAUUCUGCUACAUUGGAAUGGGUUUUAACCUUUGUUGUUAAAGUUAGGCUGAGUUGUAGUACAAGGCUUUACCUUUUUUUAAUCCUAAAAAGUUGAAAUUUUGAGUGUGAUGAGUUUAAAAUAUAUUUACAGUAGAGUUAACAAAGGAACAACGUUAUACAGUUCGUCAGUUACUGGACAUUGUUACUGUGACGGUUAGCUUUACUCUUACGCCUUUUUAAAAAUUCCAAAAUAAGUAGUAAUUUGUUUAAAUUGUGAAAUAUCAAGACACAAUUGUCUUAAUUUCAUUGGUAACAUAUAAAUUGAAACUUAACAGUUUUUAAAAUUGUCAUUACCUCUAAAACACAUAUGUAAACUAUUGGUCAACCAUGACUGUUAAUAGUUUUUUAUUAUUUAUAUUGCUCCCAGCAAGUCCAGAUGCUAUAGGAAAUGGGUAGCUUAAAUUAAAUAAGAUUAAAUUGAAAUAGUUUAGUGUAUUCACUUAUUAUGCAGUUGUGACAGACACUACCUAUUUUUAAUGUAUCAAAAAAUAAACCAGUAAUAUCAAUUUAAAACAGUAAAUUCAAGUUAUGAAAAUAUAAUUUUAAUUAAUUGAUAUUUACUAUACAACUAAUCACUCACACGUACUUUAUUGAAAUUUUUGUAAAUACUUAUAAUAGACUGUGUACUAUUUUAGAGUAGGCCAAUAUAAAUCACAUUUUAUAUUACAAUGGAUGUUAUAAAAUUUAAAUAUAUGUUUAAUUAAAGGAAUACGAUUACGCUUGUUAAUUGUUGAUACAAACAUGAUUUAUAGUUAUUUAUUUGUUAUAGCCUAGAUUUUAUAUUGCAAUUUGUGUUAAAAUGAUCUCUUUCCUUAGUUUUCAAGUUUAUAAAAUAUAUUACCUAAGUCAACAAUAUAAAUUUGUUUUAGGUACAGUUUCAUUUUUUUAUAAAGUUUUAAACGUUUAAUUUCUCAAACAGUACACGUGAAAUGACUCAACUGCCUAUUUAAGAAGUAGGCACCAUGUAUAGUUUCAAGCACAUUUCAAUGUUCGAACACGCUUUGUAGGACAUGUUCAGUUUAGAGUUAGUCAGCUUCAGGUACAAUAUUACGUAGUUAUUUAUGUCCAAUGUAACUAAUUUCAGUUCUCUUGUUGCCGACGAUAUUACAGUACUAUAUCGUUUUGUGAUCUUGAUAAGAGCUUUCUCUAUGCUCUUUUACCGUGGUGUGAUCUUAUAUUGAGUGACUAUUGUACUUGUACUUAAAUUAUUUUGUUCACAGAAUUAGAAACAUCUCUGUUAAGAUUAAUAAGUUUGUUAACAUAAUUUUAUGUUUAUUGUGUUUUAUAAAUUUUUAGGACGUGAAAUGUAAAGGGUAAAUAAGUAAAUUAAAAUGAGUUGAAUUAAAUAAUUUUAAUUGUUAAGAAACGUAUGUACAAACAUGAUCCAUGUGAAGAGUUAUGUCAAUCAGUUUCCUUUACUGAAUAGUUUGACUGAUCCAUGCAUGAAAAACCUGCAUGCAUAAGGAUUAGGCAAAACCCUUCUCUUGCAGAAUUGGUUUGAAUAAGAUUAUUGGCAACUCAUACAACAAGUUGCAGACCUUUACUCAGAGAAGAGAGUUUUUAUGUGAUUAUACUAGUAAUUUCUCAAUUAUACUGUUAUUUUAUUUUUCUUCUAAAACGAGUUUUCUAAUGUAAACAAUUUCACAGAGGUAAACAACUAUACCAUUUAUUUCCACAGCCCGAAAGGAACAUUUAACAUAUUGAACUGAGAAGUACAAACAAGUUUGCUUUUCUUGGAAGUCGACCUUAUACAUUACUAUAAAACUGUUUUAAUUUAACAUACUAAGUCCACAAAAUAACUACAUCACGUGUUGGUAUUUGUUUGCUAAUACUUCUUUAUUCUGUAUUUUACUUAAUGCCAACAUUGCUACUAGUAAGCUCAAUGCUAAACAUUUUUCAAAUUUUUACUACUAAAAAUAAUUUUUCUAUGGCGUAAAAGAUUACACCAAUUGAUUUCUGAGAGAAACUCUUUCUAAAAGUAGGAGAGGUAUCGUUCCACAGGAUUGUUAGAUUCCUGUUGCGGCAUUAGCUGAUAUUGGAGUAUAGAUGUCUAAAUCUAUUUAAUUAAGUAGUAUUAAAAUUAACAAUCAUUAGACCAAUCUGGCAUAAGUCUGAAAUAGCAUAUGUUAUGUAUGUCAGGUGCUGUUUACCAAAAGGGAAUGGACGUUAUUACAUUUACUUGUAAAUAAAUACAGGAUGGGGAAUUGGACCAAGAUUUGAGUUUUAAAAGUGUAACGUAAUAAUUAUUCAAAAAAUUAUGCUUAACAUGUGUUAGAAUUAGUUCAAAACUUAUAGAAUAUUGAUUAAACGUAUUGGUCAAUGUAAAUAAUUACAGCAUUCUGUGUUGUUAUUGAUAGAAACACCGGUUUCAAGUGAAAGCCCGUUUUUGUGUAAACAGUUUUCCUCUGCAAUCAAUUGCAAGCAGUUAUUUUAUAUCAGCUGAUCUCUAUCAGCAUUUUAGAACGUGAUGUUCGCUGCUGUUUAGAAUGACUUAUGUUUGCUUUUGUUCAUUGCACAAUGUUAAAAUAUAAAUGUUUUGUCAAUACAGAUUAAAGCACAAGUCUAAUAUUUUAAAAUGUGUAUUAAGUGCAAAAUAGCAUGCUGCAAGUGUUGUAGUUGGAUGUAAUUUUUAGGCCUAGCCUAAUAAUGAAAAUUUGUUUUUAUUUUAUGUAGUGAUGUAAACCGUUUUAAAAGAACAAUAAUGAAAUAAUUUUUUAUGGGAUUUUAAUUAUAUUUACAGAAAUAACAACAACAAAAAAAUGCGAAAUCACAAUGGCCAGGUGGUUGAAUCAGGAUGUAAGUGAUCACACGUUGAAUAAAUUCUAGGGCUGGUAGUAGACGUGUGAAAAGUCCCGCGUUAACGUUGAUUUCCAUCAAAAGCAACCCUUUAAUUACAUCUUGAUGUUUAUAUGUAGAGCAAAUACAUUUUCAUUUCUGUUUUGCAGUAGAAGUUUAGCUGUAACUUUGUAUAUUUAAGAAGUUGAUAGAAUGAAAAGGAUAUCAUUAUUGUCAAUACAGAGUAUCAUGUUAUUCAAAAUGUUAUUUACUAACUAGUAAUGAAAACCACGCAGAUAUUUUUGAUUGUAUUAAAUAAACAAAAUGAUGGUGCUAUGUUAAAUAUAUUGAAUAAAAUGUUCCAGUUUCCACCACUAACACUUUAAAACAAUUUCUUAAUAUUUGCCCAAUUUACUCAUUUUCAAUUCAACAUUUUUGCUGUCAGGCAGAUUAUAAAUUGAAUUGUAAGUGUUAAGCUAAGUCCAGACACUCUCCUUCACUAGGAUGGUUAAAUUAAGUAAAAAUAACUCAGUGAUUAGCAGUUAACCUCUGUGUUUGGACAAUUAAUAAAAGUUCAGAAUUAAUUAGUUACUCUAAUCUGAAGUAACGGAAUAAAGAAAUUGUGUCCUAAAAAUUAAAAAAUUCAGUCAACAGCUAAGGCUAUCAACAACUGGCGUAAAUUGUACUGUUACAAUUUUAACCACUAAAGCACUGAAAAAAUUUGGCAUGGAUACAAUUAACGUGCAUUUAGAGAGUUUGUUUUUGCCAGACUUGAAUUUAUUUUUUGUUUCUUGGAGGAAGAAAUAAACAAAAAUAUAUAUCUACAAGUAUUGGUGACCGCAUUGUAUCUAUCUAGGCGACUAUCCUUCUUACCGCGCUGCACAUUGUCAAACACGAUUUUAAAAGAAUAGCACAGGAUAUUGAUAUGUUUUUGGCGUGUCACGCAUUCCAUGUGCUUCUCAACGGUCAUAAGUCAAUACAUUUACACAUUCGUGACUUGUAAUGUAGACAAAUAAAAUCGACAUUACAGAUAUUACUUUAUGCCACGAUUAGUGUGUUUCCGGUGCAAACAUAUCUGCAUACCACGCUGUAACUUCAUAUUUACAAUAUAUUUGCGCUCUCUAUCUUUUUUGAGUUCCAUAAAUAUGCACUUAUUUCUUUUGUAAGUUUUGAACGUAUUGUUAUGUACAACAAUGAUUUACAUAAAAUCAGUGUGACAACAGUGCAUUUUACACCGGGCGUGAUGCUUAGCUCCAACUUGUGGUUAGUUUUAUUUCUUUGUGGUAAAAAAUAAGCAGACUAUUAAUAAUUGCUUUAAUUUAGCUGUCGCAGAUCAUUUCUUUCUCUCAUUCACUCAUUUGCUUUGCAGUGCACAAUCUCAAAAAAAGAUCAGGACAGUUGUAAGUUGAAAACCGUUGCUGUACAUUUGAUAUUAUUUAAUGUACCAUGUUAUUAGUUUUACCGUAUUUCUGAACAGAUGAUAUUAUAGAGGAGAGGCCAUUGUUUUAUAGUACCGAAACAUUUUAUAUACUCAUAUGUCUGUAAAGUUUGAAGUACAUAAUACAAAAGACUUGCUUACUUCAUUUGUCCAUCUUAAUUUUAUUAAAUAUAUAUUUAAAUGUUGUGUUUUUUACAAAAUAUUUGUUUUCAGCUGGCCAUAAAAAGCGGCCUCUAUAUUUUGCUUGUAAGUGAAAUGUGUUAUAACUGAGUUAUUAGCUUAAAAGACUUAUUGUUGUUACCAGUAUUGUACAAACAUUGUUUUGUGUCAAAAACAAUCAGUAAAGACAUGUACAAUUUGUUCUA